AUGACAGUCCAUACACUCUUGUUGGUGGAUGUGCAACGUGACUUUCACCCCGGUGGGAGUUUGGCCAUUCCUACUGCAAACGAAGACGCCGAUCGCAUUGCGUCGUUGAUUCGUACCCAUUCCACCAACAUUCAUCGGAUCGUGGCGACGCUGGAUUCGCAUCACAAAUUGCACAUUGCCCAUCCUCAGUUUUGGACCAACGAUGCCGACGAGUGUCCUUCUCCUUUUACCAUUAUUCCCGCGGCAGAUAUUGAGAGCGGCAAGUGGAAACCCCGUCCCACGGUGAAAUUGCCCAUGGACCAAUUGUUUGACAAGACCAUUUUUGACAAACCAGAAUCGGUCCUGACGGAAGAUGGCACUCAAAUUGACGUCACCAAGUACUGUUUGGAAUACGCGCGUCGAUUGGAAGCCGGAGGUCGGUUCCAAAUUUGCAUAUGGCCCGAACACUGUCUCAUUGGCACGGAAGGACACGCCAUGGUCCCGUCGGUCCGUCAAGCACUCGAUGAGUGGAGUGUCCAAACGGGCGGCAGCGUGGAAUUUGUCAUGAAGGGACAAAAUCUACUCACCGAAAUGUACUCGGCAUUGGCAGCCGAUGUCCCCGUGUCGCCCGAGACGGCCUUUAACGAAACGCUUCAGGCAUCUCUACUACAAAAAUCCGACAAAUUGCUCGUCUGUGGACAAGCCAUGAGUCACUGCGUCAAUUACACGGUCCGGGAUAUUGUCCAACACGGAGUCAAAGAAGAUGCCGCCAAAAUUGUUCUAUUGACGGAUUGUGCUUCGGCCGUGCCGGGAUUUGAAGCGGCGGCGGAAUCAUUUCAAACGGACAUGAAAAAUGCAGGAGUGGUCUUGCUGGAAUCCACCAAAGUUGCGGAUGUCUUGUCGGCCUAG